UAAGUGAGAGACUAACAUUGAUUAGAGAUUCACAUUUCCCCUCUCGUCUUCAUCAACUUAACAAUAUUAUAAACAUUAUUAUGAUCAUCUCUCUAUCACCUCUUCUUCGUGUUCAUAGUUAUCAUUAUUUGAUUCUAACUGGUGUGACUGACUAGAUUUGUUAAUUUGUGUAUCUACCUCUCGUUCCUAAGCCCAAAUUAAAUGUUACCAGUAAGCAAACACUCUUAUUACACAAGUAACCACAAAAGUCCAAGUUUCUACAUUCAUCAUAAUCAUUUAUUUUUACUUUUCCCUCUUUUCUCUGUUUUCAAUAAACAGUUGGUGUCUUCUGACUCUCUCAGUAAUUUAAAUACAAUCAUCACAGUGACAUCAAAAGAAAACACAUUUAUUAAGAAUGACACGUUUCGCUGGUAAUUAUCCAAGUCGCUCUCGAAAUGGAAAAAUUGAAUUGCGUAUUCUCAAUCAACCCGAGGAGCAACAUAGAGCCCGUUAUUUGACCGAGGGAAGCCGAGGAUCUAUUAAAGAUGGCACAGGAUUGGGUCAUCCAGUUGUUAAAUUAUUUGGCUUUAAUGGAUGCCCAGUUAAAUUGCAAUGUUUCAUUGGACACGAUAAAUACAUUGGUGUACCUCACUUGUUUUAUCAAGCUUCUCGUAUAACAGGCAAAAAUUCGACUCGCUGUUCUUACAAUAAAGUUGAUGGUACUGCUGUAAUAACCUUGGAUCUCACACCAGAAAACAAUAUGCAAGCAACAGUUGACUGUAUUGGCAUUUUGAAAGAACGAAAUGUUGAUGUUGAACAGAAAGUUUUAAAAUUAAAGUCAGCCAAUGGCAUUCAAGACGAUGGACCAGCAAUACCCUUGCCAAGCAAAAAACGUUGUGCAAAAUGUCGAUUAGUCUUUCGUUGCCGAAUACCUGGUACCAAUGAAGUUUUACAAGCAGUCAGCACACCGAUACUCUGUACACAGCCUGUUGGUACACCAGAAAUUUGUAAAAUAUCCCUCAACGAGUGUAAAGUCACUGGAGGCUCAGAAUUAUACAUUAUAGGGAAAAAUUUUUUGAAAGAUUCCAAAGUAAUAUUUAAAAGUGAUAAUUGGGGCAAAGUAGUAGAACCUGAUAAAGAAUAUCUUCACUCGUCUCACCUGGUUUGUACAGUUCCUCCUUACGAUGGGCCAAACGCAGAUCUUCCUGGUUAUUUUACGGUAUCCAUUCGCAUCCGGAGCGGCGGUAAAUACUCCGAUUCUCAUAUAUUCACUUAUGUAAAUGAGUCUAAAGCCAAUUCAAUGCUACUGAGAUCAUUGCCACUCAACCACAGUAACAACAUGAGUCACCAUCAACAGCAACAGGCACAAAUACAGGCUCAGGCUCAGGCUCAGGCACAAGCUCAGGCUCAGGCUCAGGCUCAAGCUCAAGCUCAGGCACAAGCUCAGGCACAAGUUCAAGCUCAGCUUCAGGCCCAGGUCCAGGUCCAAGUGCAGACGCCAACCCCAGUUCAAGUCCAAAUUCAAGCCCAAGCUCAAGCCCAAGCCCAAGCUCAGGCCCAAGCCCAAGCCCAAGCCCAUGCCCAGGUUCAAGCCCAACAACAACAACAACAGCAACAUGGUUCACUCACUGGUACGCUUGGAAGCAAUCAUUAUGGCGAGUUAAUAUCUGACCAACAGACAACCUUUUUUACUCCUUUUGGCGGCUCUCAUGGUGAUCCUAUUUUAAAUGGUAUUAAACAAGAAGAGGUUCCUACGAUGUGCCGUAUAGACCGCGUUAAUCAUAUCAACUCAACACCUAAAACCAUAAUUAAUGCACCUGUUAUGGCAAUGGACAACGCCGUUCGAUUCUAUUCGGAAGAUACUUUUCAUUCAUCUGACAGUUCAACCAUAUCGGAGCCAAUUUUAGCUUCUGAAGAUAUAACAGAAUUUCUUUCUCUUUUUACACAAUUUUAACCAAAAUCUUUCUCAUUGACACACAAUUAAUGCUUCCCAUUGUAAGUCAGAAUUGAGUUUGGUUAGGAUUGUCUUUUCAUCCAUAUGUAUAUAUUUAUAUAUAUAAAUUUUCUUAAUUUUUUGAAAUUCACCUCAAAAAAAUGAAGCCAGUAUGGGCGAUUUACAAUAUAUACUCUAUUUUUCGAGUAUUUACUUUGUACAAUUUUUCUCUUUAAAAAUUGUUCAAAAGACAUUUAAUCCUUAAAACAUAAACCUAACAUUGUUUGAUUAUUUCAAAUCAAUGAUUAGAUUAAACUUUCACUUUACUAUU